AUGAGGUGUAUUAUCGAAGGAAAUGGUGUUAAAGUCUUUGGAAAGGCCCUUCAUGCUUUGUCACGCAUUGGCGAGGACAUAUGGUUGGAUCCCAUGAAGAGAGGGUUUGCAGUGCGUUCUGUGAACACAGCCCACUCAGCAUACGCUUGUUUCCUGUUCUCUCCGCUGUUCUUCCAGCACUAUAGCCUAGAGCUACAGACAGACUGUGGAGCUGUAAAAUGCAGGCUAGCUCUGAAGUCAGUGUUGCCACUCUUCCGCUGCCUAGCAACCAUUGAGCGCAGUGUAGACAGAUGUGAGAUAUCCUUCAAUGUCUCAGAAAAUAGAGUGAUGUUCCAGUUUUACUGUCGCCAUGGGAUCACCAAGACUCAUAACUUGGGUUACCAGGAGUGUGAGGCUCUUCAGGCAGUGUUUCCAACCCAUCUCUGUCCAAAUGUCCUGAAAGCCCAAGCAAAACUGUUAGGUGGUAUAGUGAUGCACUUUCCAGUCUCACAGCAGGAAAUCACUCUCUCCAUAUCUCCCCAAAGAGCGAACUUCAAAAAUUACUGUGACGAGGAAUGUGAUCAUGUGAACUCAGUGCACACCGAAAUAUCCCUGCACCCAAACGAAUUUGACUACUAUCAAGUCGGAGUGGACUCGGACAUAACCUUCUGUCUUAAGGAACUCAGGGGCUUACUCUCCUUCGCAGACUCUCAUGCUUUGCCAGUGUCGGUUCACUUUGGUGCAUCUGGAAAACCUGUGUCUUUCAGUGUGGAGGAUAUGCUAUUGGAGGCCAGUGUAGUAUUGGCCACCCUGGUAGACCCAGACCUCACAGAACCAUGUCAGGCUGACCCAACAGCGAGACACUGUACAAUGAGAUCUGGUGGUGAAGGUCACCUUGCGGCGCCCUCCCAAAACGAAGGUCGUUUGGAGGCAAAUGUGGCCAACGCGGCACCCCAGCAGAGCGGUGUCUCGACCCAUGAGCGGGUGCCUUCCAGUCAGAGCAGUCCCGUGUUCAGCCCUGCCUUUCACAUGAGGAGGCUGAUGGAGUUACGGGAGGCAGGAAGACCCAGGGAUGAGCCCAGAGUGACGCAGGACCUGGGCCAGGCCCUCCCCACACCCAUAACUCCUGCCACAUACAAGAUUCGUUCGCUUCUGUUCGGCGCUGUGUCCUGUGAGCAGCGCGGUGACUGUGACGUAGAGCUGCCCAGUCUGGUGUGUGGCAGUGACACCGAGGAUGACGGAGGAGAAGGCGAAGGAGUAAAAAUGCAGCACUAA